AAGCCCUAGGUCGGCCCUGGGAGGCUCGCCUGGGUCCGCGGUGCAGCUCUGCGCAGGCGCGACAGCAGCGCGACGUCCGUCACUUACGGCCGGAGCGUUUCGCCCUGGGAGUUGGUGGCGCGGUGCUGGGCUCUUAGGAACCUACAGCGUUGGCGCGGACCGGUAUCCGGUUGAUUGUGGUGUGCAGGGCCCGCCAUGGAGUCCGAGCAGAUGCUGGAGGGACAGACGCAGGUUUCAGAAAACCCUCACUCUGAGUACGGUCUCACAGACAACGUAGAGAGGAUAGUAGAAAAUGAGAAGAUUAAUGCAGAAAAGUCAUCAAAACAGAAGGUGGAUCUACAAUCUUUGCCAACUCGUGCCUACCUGGAUCAGACAGUUGUGCCCAUCUUGUUACAGGGACUUGCUGUGCUUGCAAAAGAAAGACCACCAAAUCCCAUUGAAUUUCUAGCAUCUUACCUUUUAAAAAACAAGUCACAGUUUGAAGAUCGAAACUGAUUUCUUGGGAAGAAAGAGAAAUUUGGUUGCUACUGUAGAUUUACAUGAUUAUGAGGCAGUUUUAAUUGCCAUGAUUCCCCCCUACCCCUCUUGGAAGUAUAAGAACCUUCAGGACAACAGAACUUAUUUCUGGAGUUGCAGAAGAGAAUAUAUUUCCUCUGAUUUAAUUACCACAUUUAUUUAAUGAGCAUCAUCUGUGCAAUUUUUUCUCAGAUUGUCUUUUUGUUUUUAAAAACAACCUUCAAAAUAAACUGUCAAAACACUA